UUCAGCCACGGUUAAAAAUGGGUGGAAUUCCAGCAGCUCUGCUCCUCAGCGUCUUUCUCAGCUCGGUUCUUCAGGGCAUGUGUGCAGAUGUAUUUAUUGACACCGAAAGAGCAUCUGAGGUUUUAAUCAGAGCGAGGCGAGCAAAUUCCUUUCUUGAGGAGGUGAAGCCUGGUGACCUGGAGCGUGAGUGUCUGGAAGAGAUAUGCAAUCAUGAGGAAGCCAGUGAAGUGUUUGAACAACAGCAGGCUCAGUUUUGGUGGAAAUACCAGGGCUGCAAUGGCCUGACAUUGCCCAGAGAUCCAAAUUCUACACAGACUCUCAGAAACUGCUUGGAUGCAUCUGGCGAGUGUUUUGUUGGGAAUGGAGAGACAUACAGCGAAGCAGUGGCCAUCACCUCCAGUGGAAAGACAUGUCAGUACUGGAGCAGCAACUAUCCACACAGAAUAACAGAAUUCAACACAGCCCUGGAUGAUUCUUUGAAAGAGAACUAUUGCCGAAAUCCAGAUCAAAGUCCUGAUGGACCUUGGUGCUUCACUUGUGAUCCCACAGUCAGAAGAGAGAGCUGUGCUAUUCCAAAAUGUGACGGACCAUUUGUUACUGCACCUCUCCCUACAAAUCUCCCUCCCUUCAAUGGGAUUAUUGAUUACAACAGUUCAACAAACUGUCUUCUUGACAAUGGCAGAGACUAUAACGGAACCCUGUCUGUCACCAUGAAGGGUUUCGCAUGUCUGCCCUGGGCUACCCCUAAAGCUAAAAAGAAGGCUGCAGGACUCGAGUUUCUCCCCAACGUUGUACUGGAGGCAAACUACUGCAGAAAUCCGGAUAAUGACGCAGAAGGGCCAUGGUGCUUUGUAGAUCACCCCAAUGUCACCAUGGACUAUUGUGACCUGCAGUUGUGUGAUGAUCCACUAGAGAGUGAAGCAGAUGAUGUUAGGCAGGAAAGCCGAUGGGGACAAACUGGUCCUAGAAAAUCUUUCUUCAGUCCCCAGAGUUUUGGCAAUGGGGAGCAGGUGUGUGGAGAACGUCCAAUGUUUGAGAAAAUAGGUAAAGCUGAUUCAAGAGAACAAGAAUUAUUAGACGAAUCUCGUCAACCGAGAAUUUUGACAAGGGACAAUGCAGACAUUGGAAGUGCCCCAUGGCAGGUGAUGCUGUACCAGCGUAGUCCCCAGGAGCUGCUGUGUGGGGCUAGUUUGAUCAGCGAUGAAUGGGUCCUCACUGCUGCCCACUGUAUCCUCUACCCUCCAUGGAACAAGAACUUAACCAGUGAAGACAUACUUGUUCGGCUUGGCAAAUACUCUUGCUCAAAGUUUGAGAGAGGGGUCGAGCAGAUCAAGGGCCUUGAUAAAAUUAUUGUCCAUCCUAAAUACAACUGGAAGGAGAACCUUAACAGUGACAUUGCUCUCCUGCAUAUGAAGAAGCCCAUAGAAUUUUCAGCUCAUAUCCAUCCAAUUUGCCUACCUACUAGGCAGGUGGCUAAAGAAUUGAUAAUGUCUGGAUUUGUGGGUCGUGUGACAGGUUGGGGGAACCUCUUUGAGAGAUGGUCGUCUUCUCCAAAAGCAAUCCCUUCAGUCCUUCGGCAGGUCCACCUGCCCAUUGUUGAUCAAGACACCUGUCAGUAUUCUACCUCAAUUCGUAUCACAGACAACAUGUUUUGUGCCGGAUUCAGGCCAGAGCAAAGCAUCUAUGGCGAUGGUUGUGAAGGGGACAGUGGCGGCCCUUUUGUCAUGAAGGAUCGUACAGAUAAUCGCUGGUAUCAGAUUGGUCUUGUGACUUGGGGUGAAGGUUGUCACCAGGAUGGAAAAUAUGGAAUCUACACUCAUCUAUUCCGCAUGAGGAGGUGGAUGAAGAAGGCCAUUGAGGCUGCAUAAGACAAUGAUGAAUAAUAACAUUCUUUUUUUAAUAUAUAUAUAUAUUUUUUUCAAUUAUGAGAUGUUUUCCCAUUUUAAUCCAGUUUGACUUAAGUAUGUCGAAUUGAGAACAAUGGUUGUUUUAUCAAUUCCCAUUUGCUUGCUACGUUGAGUAAAUAUACCAUCUAUGAAUCAUCUGCUAGCCCGCCCGUACUGGGAAUUUAAUACAUUGAAAGAAAUAACUCAAUUGGUUCAUACAGUGAUUCCCAGUCCUGCAUGUUGAAGGAUUUCCCAUCAUAAUAAUUACGGGUUGCCUCUAAGGUUGCCCUAUUUUCUCUCAUAAACAUAAUAUUUCUGAUAAAAAGUCACACCAUUUCUGCAUUAUAUCUGAUAAGCCUAAACAAAUGUUUUAUUCCAGACACUUUUGUGGAAACCUGUGAACACACAUGUAUGUAUCCUGAAUUACUUAUCCUGGGUUGACCUAGUCGCAUGUCCUAGCUUGGCACGUAAAGCAGUCCAAGCAUAGUACAUUCAUCUAUGUCCAGUGGCAAAAUCCAAGAUGGCUGACAAAAAAUACAGAUAACUCCAUAUCAGUUCAGUCAACCUUGACACCAUGGUCUCCGAUUUU